GCGGCGUGCAGCUCACACGCAGCUAUAGGCGCGCUUCCCAUCUCUUGGGAACAACGCUGUCCCUGCAUUGAGCGACACGACCGCGCUUUCGCCAGUGAAAACGCGAUAUCUGGUAAACGCUAUCCGCACGGGGAGUACCGCGCAGCGUCACGAAAGCUGCGGCCACGCGCAUUGCAUCGACGAACGGGGAGGGAUCUGCGAGUAUACGAAAGUCGAAAGCUUCGUGCGCCGGGAUCGUUGCGCCACCCUAAUUUCGUUUUUCACGGAUACGGUUGACAAAGAGAAUGGCGCGGAUGUUCUUGGCCCUUACAGAGGCGGUUAUACGAGAUAACGAAAGGGUGCGUUCGAAUACCACGUAGCCCUUUUCGCCUCCCCCCCACUGCAUGCAGUCGCGGAACUCAGCCUGUCCCGAUCAGCCGCACGCCCUCGCUUCUGUAGUGUUGCACGCAACGAUCGAGCCUCGAUCGGCGCUCGGGCUACCCGGAUUCACGCUUCAACUGGCUGCGCCGGAAACUGGAGCGCGCUCGCCCACAACACGUGCUUUCCAUGCCCAGAGCCGCUGCUCGCUGCAAGCGUCGCGCGGCGCCGGUUGCAACAAAAGCAUUGGGUAAAGCCAACCAGGGGCUGGUUUUACGCUCGCUCCGACUCCCAAAGACCUCGACCGGCCUGGAACGCUACUGCGACACAGCGUCAGCCCGGAGCUGACAUCGGGGAACCGGGCGUCGAGCAUGGGAUCUCUCGAACGCCUCGCCGUUGCUCUGGCUGUCCUGGUCGCUUCUGGAACGAGCAGUUAUGCAGAAGCUGCCGUCAUGCCGAAUGAACGAGGUAACAGCUUGGCUGCUGGAGGACCUUCGGUGGGCGCUCCAAUCAGGCACAACCUUGGAAAACGAGCUGUGCCUUUGCCCCCCGCAUCAACCGUAUCCGCCGUACCGACAGCAGAAGAAAAGACAAACGCAGAAGAAUCCACCGAAGUUCCGAUGGCGGAGUCAGGCACAGCUGCAACCAUGAGUCCUACGGACGGUAACACGGAUUCAACGGUAGAACAAGGCACAACAAUGAUUGAAGGCACGGAACCAGAAGCCACGCAGACACCCUCAGUUGAGACGGAAGUGACGUCGGACGUUACCAAAACCUCAUCGGAUAUUUCGGGAACGCCUUCCGAAACCCCAGAACCAACAGGCUCAACGUUAGUAACCACAGGGACGCCUGUGGAAGUCGCAUCGAUCGGUGAAAUCUCGACAACGCAGGCGGUGGAAACGCCGGCAGGCACAACACCAACACCAGUGCAAGAAAAUACCUUCACAACCGGCAUGGAGACAACAGCAAAACCAGAAACGAAAACUCCAUCCAUGACUGACACGGCCGCUCAAACUACCUUUGGCGAGACUACUCCACAAAUGCCUGUCAGUUCAUCGUCUCCGUUGACUGAGAUCCCCGCGACGCCGCCUACUCCAAUCGCCACGAUGCCACCUACUUCGAGCCCCACGACGCCACCGACCGUGAAUCCUCCUACACUACCGACUCAGAGCCCUACGACACCGUCAACUCAGCUACCCAGUACAAUACCGACUGAGAGUCCUCCGUUACCGUCAACUCAAAGCCCUACGACACUGUCCACUCAGCGACCCAGUAAAAUACCGACUGAGAGUCCUCCGUUACCGUCAACUCAGAGGCCUACAUCGUAUCCGACUCGGAGGCCUUCGUCACAGUUUCCGAACCUGCCGUACAUGCCUAAUCCUAUGCUGCUGCCCAUGGGGCUCGACGAGUUCAUGGGCAGGAUCGGCGUAACCAAAACUUCAAAACAACCCGUGAACCUUCCUUCUUUGUCGCGGCCUAUGAGCCCAAUGCCCUUGCUAUGACCUCAAGCGAGCAACCCCCGUCCUCCAUCACACACACUCUCACACACACAAGCCCACACACCGCCCUUCCUCGACCUCCGCAUCAUAUCUUUCAUUCUUUGCGCACUGUUCACAAUGAUAAUAAAAAAAAGCUGUAACAUUG